AAUUAUGAGCUAGAGUUAGAAGAGCGCCAGUAGUGAAUCUUUUAUACAUUCACAUUAACUUUAUAGUUUUUUUUUCUUCUGUACUCUAUCCUCACGUAAUCCCUCUGGUCAGUCUGACAGAUGAUCCAUUUUGCCAGAUGAUUAUCAACUGAGUUUUACAUCUAAAUCUCAUUGCAGAAUAAGUGGCCUGACAUUUUUAUUUCUUGAUUCAUUUGAGUGUUAUGUGGCUAAAAUUCAGCAUAUUCACUCUCAAGCACAAAUGGACACAGCACAGUGGAACAAACUGCCUGAUGUCAUUUAACUACAUUAGAUGUCCUUCCUCUCAAAGAUGUCAUUGUCCAGCCUUUGUCAACUGUCAUUCUGAUCUAUUCUUUGCAGGAGAACAUCCGUCUUUGAAGCUGUAAUUUGUAGACUAGAAGAAGUCUUUCAGAAGCAAUAAACAUUGAUAUUAAAACAAGAGGGCGAUAGGUUUGUAGGCCUAUAAUACAGGAUGUAGAAACUUUGAGGUGACCGAGAACGACAGCAAGACAGAGAGUGCAUGGAGGUGAAAGAAGGUCUGCAAUCUAGCAGCAGGCUGACAAUACUCCAAAGCUCGUAAGCCAUUCAGCUGCAGUCAGCCAGAGAUAUUUUUUGUGUAAUCUGACCCGCCUGUCUACAUAGACAGUUCUGGGCCCUACCAGUAUGGCGGGGCAGCGUUACAGCCCCAUGCCCCCCUUUUUAGCCAGCAUGACACCCCCACAGCCAGCAAACGACCCACCCCUCACAGAUUCACAUGGCGGCUGAGUAUCUGCCAGGUGGGGCUGGAUCUGUGUACUGUUUUGAAGUAAAACUCACUGUAGCUCUGCGUAAAAACACCAACAAUGGACAGGAAACCGAAUCUGAACCGAGCUGAGACGUUCUCCUUCGUCAACCCCUGGAUCAGAUAUUUUCUCUUCUUCUUCAGCUUCUUAUUUUGGGUUUUCUCCUUGUUGAUUGUUGCCAUUGGGGUGUAUGCUAAAGUCCAGAAAGCUACAGGUACAUACAUCACACCUUUUUCACAUUCAGACACAGUGCGAGACACAUUCCUGAUCGACCCGGCUGUCAUCCUAAUUGUGGUGGGGGUGGUCAUGUUCUUCAUCACUUUCUGUGGUUGCAUCGGAGCCCUCCGAGAGAACAUUCGCCUCCUCAAGACAUUCUCCUUCAGCCUGACACUAGUCUUCCUCACCCAGCUGGCCAUAGCAAUUCUGGGCUUCUUCUACUCUGAUCAGACUCAGGAUGCUUUUGGAAAGUUUGUGAAGAAAGCCAUCGUGCACUACAGGGAUGACCUGGAUCUGCAGAACCUGAUGGAUUACAUCCAGAAAGAGUUCAAGUGUUGUGGGUGGAACAACUACACAGACUGGUCUUGGAAUCUGUACUUUAAUUGUACACAUGAGAACCCCAGCUCCGAGCGCUGUGCUGUGCCUUACUCCUGCUGCACUCCUGUUCCUGGAGAGGCAGUGGUCAACACUAUGUGCGGUUUUGGGGUUCAAACCCAGAACUACCUGGAGGCAAACAAGUCAAUCUACCCAGUAGGCUGUGCGGACAGAGCAGUGAUGUGGAUCGAGUCUCAUCUGUUGCUGGUGGGCUCUCUCGCCCUGGGUCUGGCCUUGCCUCAGAUUGCAGGCAUUGUGCUGUCCCAGAUGCUGAUCUCUCAGAUCCAGGAUGAGAUUACCUCAGUGUUGUGAGAGUGGGCCGAGGGGAAGAGGAGGGAAGAAAAGAACUUACAGUACUCCGCUCAGCUCCUCUAACAUGCGCAAGAACAUCUUUUUUUUUUUUUACUGCUACUGUUCCACUGCAAUGUUUGAGUACAUUUCUCAUUCUUAACAUGCUGUUGUCUACAGGCAUAAGUGUGGCGCACUUUAUUGUAUUACUCAAACAGUCAUCACAUGCAAAGUGUAUAUUUAUUGAUUUUGAACAUGGUUUUUGUAUUGAUCUUGACAUGAAGAUUUUAUUUCUGAAAGGAAUUUAUAUUUAAAUGCGAUGUUUGCAAAUAAAAUUCAGAGGAAGAA